GUUCUCGACCCACAAUAUGGUAUGUAUGUGUGGCCCUGUGCUGUAGUGCUGGCACAGUAUCUGUGGACACAAAGAGACGAGCUGAGAGACAAGACAGUGCUGGAGCUUGGUGCAGGUGUGAGUCUACCAGGUGUGGUGGCUGGGAGGUGCGGUGCAAAGGUGAUCCUGUCCGACAACGCUACGACUCCACAGUGUCUGGAGAACUGCCGGCGCAGCUGUGAAGUUAACGGCCUCCAUGAUGUGCUCGUGCUGGGCCUCACCUGGGGGGACGUCUCACCGGAUCUCGUUCUGCUUCCUAAACUGGACAUCAUCUUGGGAUCGGACGUUUUCUACGAGCCACAAGAUUUCGAAGAUGUCCUUGUGACUGUUGCUUUUCUUCUAAGAGAAAACCCCGGAGCCCAGUUCUGGACCACAUACCAAGAGAGGAGGUUCAGUAAAAAGCUGCUGUGUGUCUGUGAGGGAAACAGCACCUUGCUCCGCAGGUGGAAGCUGAGCUGCAUCGACGUUCGGCCGGAAAACUUUGACGCCGAUAAACCCGAGCUGGCCGGAUCGUCAACUCCGGGCAUCCACAGUGUCCAGAUGAUGAUCAUCACGCUGAAGGCAGACGAUGUCGGGCUGUAACAGACUAGAUGUCGGUCGCUGUGCCGUGACUUUAGCACAAACUGAGACUGACGGUGUCAACAGCGGUUCCAGGAACUCUGAAGGUGGAGAAAUGAAUGUCAAACAUGACAUUAAACGUUUAUAGUUAUGAAGAAAGGUCACAUUUUACGUGUUUUCAGUCUUUAAAGUGUUAUGAAAUAUCAACCUGAAUCAGAUUUAAAUGUGUAACUUUAAAGGUCUAGUUCCUUUUGCAUAUGUCUGACUUCAUCCUUAUCUGUGAAACGUCUCAAAGGCAAAAAUCUAACCUGUUAUUUUAACUUUCA